AUUGUAAGUUCAUCUUCCAUAUACUCGUGAGUGGGAGUGUCUUACCUCUCCUAUAAAGAACGAUCCACAUUCUUCGGUUGAGGGGAUGUGUGAGACUUGUGACAGGAAGCUGUUGAAUCACUUCACUGCAGAAGAUGCUGAGGAUGGCUCUGUGGUUGUACGCUGGAGUGUUUGUGUGGGGAGUUGUGUUUUCCAUCAGAUGUCCUGAUGGGAACGUCUGCUCCGACUCUUCCACUUGCUGCUUGACCAUGCAUGGAUAUAGCUGCUGUCCGUAUCCAAAGGCCGUUUGCUGCGCUGACCAAGCCCACUGCUGCCCCUCAGGAUAUCGCUGUAACCUGGCUACGCAGAUGUGUGAGAAAGAAUACCAGCCUUGGAUGAACAUACUCAUGGCAGAGAAGGAUGCUGCAGAGGAACCCAGCAGCCUUGACCUGUCUGAAACCCCCUUCCAGAAGCUUGAAAACAACAAUGUCCCAGAUUUUAAAAAGAGUUCUGUUGUCCACUGUGACAACUAUUACAUGUGUCCUGAUGGCACAACUUGCUGCAGACACCCAAAAGGUGCCUGGUUCUGUUGCCCCUACUCUCCUGGGAGAUGCUGUCUGGAUGGCUACCACUGUUGCCCAUUUGGUUAUGAUUGUGACCUUACUUACACUCACUGUGUGAGAGACCGACUUAUGUAUCCAUUCACCCCCAAACAAGCCCUGACGUCCAUCCCUGCCUCUCUAGUUUCAACAGGGGAGGACAAAAGCAGCAAGCAGGAAACACCUGUGACAGCUCUAACUGAAGCCAGUGACAGCCCUACUAGUCAAGCUGUGAUUCGCUGUGAUGACAAGUUUUACUGCCCCGCCGGGUCAAGUUGUUGCAAGGGAACCAAAAGCGAGUGGGUCUGCUGCCCUUACCCACUGGGCAGUUGUUGUGCAGAUGGUCAGCAUUGCUGUGAGUAUGGCUACAAUUGUGACCCCACCUCAAGCACAUGCACAAGAUGGUGACGGGAGACACUGAAGACAUGUUUCCUUAAGUGUACUGGAACUGCCAUCUUUUUUUUUUUUCUUUCAAUGUUUGAGAGGAAAUCUCACAAUGCUUUACAGAGAAAUUUUAAUUUGACAAGACACUGAAUCAAAUCUGUCUCACUGAAAGAUUUCUCUUUGGUAAAAAACGUGAUCACAGCCAUAUGCGAUUAUCCCACAGUUUACCUGCCUUUAUAUCAGUGCUUCUUCAUUUUCACUUAAUAGCUGGGCAACAAUUACAGUUUUUGACCUUUGACAUGUUUGUAAUGCUUACUUUGGCAGUGAUUAAUCUGUUCACCCCACCUUCUAUUUUAAUUUAAAAUACAAAUAAAGAAUUUAUUGAGAAA